AUGUCGGACCGCCAGUACAAGUUCAGCGUCCAAAUGGGCUGUGGCGGCUGCUCAAGUACCAUUGAGCAAGCUAUGAAAAUUCUUAGCGGUGUGAAGAAUCACUCCAUUUCCCUAGAAGAGCAGACCGUCUCCGUGGUGGCUGACCCUUCUCUCUCCUACGAAACUGUGCUGGAGGCCAUCAAGGUGAAAGGCAAGAAUGUGCGCAGCGGGGAGGCUGAUGGAAUUGCUCAGUCUGUCUAA